CUCCACCAUUGAUCUUCGCUAUUGCCUCCAUUGUUUUCUUCGUUUAUUGUGAAUGCGGAUUCUAGCGCGCAUGAAGAGGCAUUGAAUCCAUCCAUGGUUGGCAAAUGGCGACGCGCGUCAGCGUCUGCUGUGUGGUUGAAUGGUAAGGCUAACAUGGCUGAAUCGACGCAGUUGGCGAUCCCAAUCACGGUGAUAGCAGUAUAGUCUAUCUCUAGCCGUGAUGAAUGUGCCAUUUUCCCCCCAGUGAACCAAGUUUUAUGUGAUAUGUAUAUCGAAAACUCCAUUGCGCCCAAUCUGGAUUCGAUCCCAACAGACAUCCUGAAUCCAUACAACCGACGGACGUAUCCUACUUGCAACCAGUAAUACUAUACGCCUAGUAGCCGCCGAUAAUCGACAGAAAUCAGUAUCACUACAUAUCACCAGAUCGUAUCUUCAAAAUGCCCUUCGCCGUCCUCCCCGCCCUCAUCCCCGACAUCAAGCCCCUCUACGACACUUACUUUUCCGCCUUCACCGCCGACCCCGACGGGCGCCAAAUUCUCGAAAUCCUAUUUCCCGACGGCUACACCUCCGACGAGUUCCGCAAGGCGCACACCGAAGGGACCCUAGCAUGGCUGCACAAAGCCGAGUCGCAGUACACCUGGAAGUGCGUCGACGUAGCCACCGGCGAAAUCGUCGGCAUGGCGCUCUGUGACGUGUUUAUCCAGCCCAAGGCAACAAAAGAGGAGCGGGCCUAUCCUGGGAUCCCCUGGCUGGCGGGCGAGCAGCGGGAGAGGGCGGAUCAGAUCCUGGGACCGCUUUGUGAGGCGAGGGAGAAGGUCAUGGGUGGUGGGGCGUAUAUCUAUGUCCAUGCCAUCGCGGUAGAUCCCAAGCAUCAGGGUCGUGGUGCGGGAGCCAUGAUUGUUAAGCAGCUUGUCAACUUGAGCAAUGAUAGCAAUCUGCCCAUUUACUUGGAGUCGUCGGCGUCUGCCGAGGGGUUGUACAAGAAGAUGGGCUUUGUAAGGGUGCCGAAGGAGAAGGCGAGCGUGGUUCAUAGCAAGGAGGUAUUGGGAACGGAAACGGAUGUCGAGGUGCCGCUCAUGAUCAAGACCCCGGCGAGGACCGGCCUGUAAGGACGGACAAGGAAAAGGUUUAGUGAAGGAUGGAAAGGAAUGUAUCAGAACUGUUGAUGUGAUGUCAAGAGCGUGUACGAUUGAAAGGAUACAAUAAAUACCC